CACCCUCCCAUGUUCUUCAAGCUUGGUUUCGGAUCCAAAACAGAAAAACAAAAAAUAAGAAAAAAAGAAAUAAACAGAAGAGAAAAGCUUGUCACAAGAUGGGUUUCAAAAGCUCUUCUCUUCUCUGCUUGGCUCUUGUCCUUGCAGUCUCAUCUGCCACUCAGGCAUUUGACAUCACAAAAAUUCUAUCCCAAUACCCAGAGUUCUCCACAUUCAGCAAAUACCUCACCGAAACCAAGCUCACCGAGCAAAUAAACAGCCGCAACACUAUCACCGUCCUCGCCGUCGACAAUAGCGCCAUCUCCGCCAUCUCCGGCAAGUCCGCUGAUGCCAUCAAGGCCGUCGUCAGCACCCACAUUGUCCUCGACUUCUUCGAUGAGAAGAAGCUCAUGGAAGCCCUCGGCAGCAAACAACAAUUGACAACCCUCUACCAAGCCUCCGGCCUUGCCGUGAACCAGCAAGGGUUCCUCAAGGUUGCACUCAUCGGCGAGGGUGAGGUUGCCUUCGGCUCCGCCGUCAACGGUGCUGCCACCGAUGCCGAGCUCGUGAAGACCGUCACCAGCCAGCCCUACAACAUCUCCGUCCUUCAGGUCUCUAAGCCUAUUGUGUUCCCUGGUGCCGACAAGGCUUCUCCUUCACAGGGUGCUGCUAAGGCCCCAGUGCCCGCACAAGGUGCCAAGGCCCCUGUGCCCGCUAAGGGCGCCAAGGCUCCCGUUGCUGCACAGGGUGCCAAGGCACCUGCUCCUUCAGCUGACAAGGUUGUGGCAACAUCACCUUCCAGUGAUGUUGCUGAAACCCCAGUUGAUGCCCCAACAGCAUCAAGCCCAUUGGCUUCAGGUCCGGCUUCAGGUCCCGAUGCUGCAGAUGCUGCAGCUCCUUCCAGCGCUUCAAGCACCACCAAGGUUGGUUUGGUUGGAGCAGUGAUGGCCUUUGCUUCUGUCUUGGUCGUUUUGUAAAUUGAUUAAGAUCGAAAGCAAAUGAUUAAGAUAUAUACAUUUCAAUUGUAAUACACUUGUAGAAGAAGAGUGAAGAGGGAGAGAGGGGAGAAAAAGAAAGAGGACAAUAUUGAAAGAGACAAGGUUUGUUAUUAUUGAAACUAUUUGUUAAUGAUAUCAAACUCUAGUGCUGUAGAUUUUGUUUA